AUGUCUACCUUCAUUAAUGUUUCCCAAAAGAAUUCACUCGAAGGAAUAGAAAAGAUAUUAUUUUUUCCUAUUCACCGGCCGCCAUUUGAAACAAUUCUAUCUUUUUUUCGUUUUCUUUCUUUUUUCUUUCUUUCUUUUUCUUUCAUUCUUUUUCUUUCUUUCUUCUUCUUUCUGUCUUUCUUUCUUGCUUUGCAUUUUUCUUGCUUCUUUCUUUCUUUGCGGGUUUAUCUUGAUUCUUUCUUUCUUUUUCCUUUCUUUCUGCGUCUCACUCUCUUCUUUCUUUCUUUCUUUUUUUUAGUUCUUUCUUUCCUCUCUCUCCUUCUUUUUCUCUUUCUUUUUUCUUUGUGUCAAUCUGGUUUCUUCCUUUCUUUAUAUCUCUUGAUUUCAUUUCUCUAUUGUUGUGUAUCGCUUGCUUGUUUCUUUCUUUGCAUUUUUCUCUUUUUCUUUCUUUCUUUUCUUCUUUCUUUUUCUGUGUCUCACUCACUUCUUUCUUUCCUCUCUCUCUCUCUCAUUUCUAAUUUUCACGCUUUCUUUACGUUUAUUUAA